AUGGCCAGCUCGCCGCCGGCCUCUCCCGGGAAUCAAAUACCCCAAAGACCGAUGAGCGCCAUGGUGCGACCGUCACCGAGAAGUAAUAGCCGCCUGAGCAUGACCAGCAAGCAUGGCGGUGGUAGCAGAGCAUCUGACGAAGAUGCCCGGACCGCCGUCAAAGUUGCCGUGCGCGUUCGGCCAGCACUCAAGCCCACAGACCCGGGUUACGAAUUGAUUCCUCAACGAUUUCAGCGAUCAAUGGUCCAGGUCACGACAGACACCAACAUAGCAAUCGAUUCCCCGCAAGGAAGGAAACUUUUCGUGUUUGACCGUGUUUUUGGCUCCGAUGUAGACCAAGAGGGAAUCUGGGAGUAUCUGAGCGAUUGCGUCAACGCCUUUAUCCAAGGUUACAAUGUCUCGCUUUUGGCGUACGGACAAUCAGGAGCUGGAAAGUCGUACACAAUGGGCACAUCCGGGCCCAAUGAACAGGGCGACCUCGAAAUCAUGGGUGUCAUUCCCAGGGCGGCGACGGCACUCUUCGAAAAGCUCGACGGGCCAGUCAUAUCAAAAAAGCAGGCCAACCGCGGGUCAAUGUCCCAGCUGCGGACACCACACCGAUAUUCUGCCCAAGGAGCAUCAAGCUUACCGUCAGAGAAGAACUGGUCAUUGAAGGCCACAUACGUCGAAAUCUACAAUGAGCAGCUGCGAGAUCUCCUAGUACCAGACAACGUUCCACAACAUGAGCGCACCAACGUUACCAUUCGCGAAGAUGUCAAAGGCAACAUCAUUCUCACCGGUCUGCGGCAAGUCGAAAUUAACUCAGUAGACGACCUCAUGAAUGCAUUGAAUUUCGGCUCGACCCUUCGACAGACAGAUGCGACGGCUAUUAAUGCUAGGUCUUCCCGGUCUCACGCCGUAUUCAGUCUCAAUUUGGUGCAACGGAAGAGCGGCCUGCAGGGUUCAAAUGGUGCCGACAAGCGAUUUUCCGUUCCGAUCGAGGCUAUGACGGGAUCCGAGACCUGGGUCACAACGGACAGCAAACUCCAUUUCGUUGACUUGGCUGGCAGUGAACGACUCAAGAACACCGGUGCCCAAGGGGAGCGUGCCAAGGAAGGUAUUUCCAUCAACGCGGGUCUGGCCGCGCUCGGCAAGGUCAUCUCACAACUGUCUUCACGACAAGCCGGAUCGCACGUUUCUUACCGUGACUCCAAGCUCACUCGUCUGCUCCAAGACUCACUGGGCGGGAAUGCCAUCACUUAUAUGAUUGCUUGCGUGACGCCGGCCGAGUUCCAUCUGAGCGAAACGCUAAACACCGUCCAAUAUGCGCAGAGGGCCCGAGCUAUCCAGAGCAAGCCCCGGAUCCAGCAGGUUGAGGAAGGUGACAAGCAGGCUAUCAUUGAUCGUCUGAAGGCGGAAGUAGCCUUCCUGCGGGAGCAAAUCCGUAGCGCUGAGCGGGGAGGGGGCGAGCGACGCACAGCCUCUGCAGGUGAGAGGUCCGAGCGACAGAAUGAGCGGGAAGUUGAGCUGCAAAACCAGCUGCUGGACGCCCAGGAAAACUACACGACCCUUAGCCAACGUCACGCGAAGUUAAUUGCAGAAAUGGCCAAGGCCCGCGACAACGAGCAAGCCGAGAACGAUCAACUUGAGGAGUCACUGGGCGACACUGCGACAGAGCGACUGAAUCGAUCAAAUUCCUUUGCUGCCGCUGUCGAGCAGGUUGUCUUAGAAUACGAGAAGACCAUUCAAACCUUGGAGCAGUCUCUGUCGAGUACCCGCGGCACAUUGUCGAACACCGAAGCCAACCUGUUGGAGAAGGAGACGAAGUGCACUUACAUCGAAACGAUCAACACACAACUGCAAGCACGCCUGCAAAAGCUCAUGGAUCGCGAGGCCAGUACCGAGAACUAUCUCCACGACCUGGAGAACAAGCUUGACGGUCACACUUCUGGCGAAGAGAAGAAUGCGACAAUCAUUGUGGAACUGCGCAAGGAAAUUUCUCGCCUUAGAGAGAACGAGGCUUCCUGCGAGGACUACAUCUCGACACUGGAAGAGCGCCUUGCAGAGGCUGACCAGGAUGCCGAGCUGAUGCAGCGUGAGAUUGACCGACUCGAGCAGGUGAUUGAACGCCAACGAUCGCUCGGAAAGUUGGAUUCUCUCUUGACCGAACUAGACCACAUCCAGGGCGAUAGCAAAGUCCCGGAACCCGAGACCGAGGGCCCGAAUGGUCUUGCACGACGACAGAUUCCCGAUCACUCUCGCAGUCACUCUCAUGUCAGCCGUAUGAGCCGCGACGUCAUCCCCGAAAAUGUCGAGGAGGAGGCAGCAGCCAGCAAAGCCGUCGAUUCAGGCGAGAAGGGCGGAUCAAACGGGGAGAAGACCAACGGAGUCAAGACACCUGAGGCUGAUGAGCAGGCCUUGAACGCCGACAAGCAUGAGUACCCGCCACAAAGCCCUGCCCAAUCCAAGUUUGUCCAAGAUAAGCUGGAAAACGUCACCCAGGAGCUCCUCGACCUACGCGUUGAGCAUGAGACGACCAUCAACGAGUUUGACUUGUUGAACGCCAAGUACGAGGAAGCGUUGCGCACCCUCGCUGAUCUUCAGGACACCAUCGAUGAGUCACGACACCCUGAGCGCAAGGUCAGAGACUCGAUGAUGUCUGUCACUUCUCCCAACCUCACCAGACCACCUUCCUUCUUCUCCGAUGCUCGGUCGAGCGACUUGAAGGAGAAUGGCCAGUUCUCGUCUCGGUCCUUGUCUUCCGAGUUGUCCUCCGCCAUGGAGUCGCCAGCCAACGUCGACCCCUCUGAUGCGGAGACUGCCACAGCCAAGCCCGAGGGAGAGUCUGAUCCCGAGCAUCUUUCGACCGAGGAUCUUAUGCACCAGGACCUUCUCGCAACGGAGGUUGAGAGGUUCAAGAUGUUGGCAGCCGAGAAGGAGGAGGCCGAAAAGGAGCUGGCUGACAAGUACACCCAACUUGAACAGAAGCACCACGAGGCUCUGGACAUGCUCGAGGAGCUCAAGACGGAGGUUGCACAAGCCAAGGCCUUGGAGGUUACCUCGCCGCGAAGCGGACAACCUGUCAUCCGCCGCAAAUCCAGCCAGAAUGUCAUGAUUAUCGAUCGCGCUCACCGAUCGUUCGCCUCGCUCCGUAACAUCGCCGCGGAGAACUUCGAAGAGCAGCCCGAUGUAAUGCAGAACUUUGAGCUGAACCUCAACGCCGCCAUGCACGAACUCCACGCUCGUUCUGAGAGAAUCCAGGAACUCGAGGCAGACAUUGCAUCCACCAAGAAGGAGAUCGAGACAAAGAUGACUAUCAUCUCUGGCCUCACCCGUGAGCGCUCCAGUUUGAAGGCCUCUCCGAUGGACAUGUCUGUCGUUUCCAACCUCAAGAACCAACUGGAGGCAAAUGAGAAGCAGAUGAGGGAUAUGAGGGAGACUCAUGAGGCCAGCGAAAAGAAGCUGAUGGCCGAGCUCGAGAGCCUCCGAACUGCCGUGAAGGAGAUUCCUGCAGAGGACGCCGAGUCAUCACCUCAAGCUAACGAGGCUGCGCUUGCGGCUGCCACUGCGGCUGCCGUUGCUGCUGUUCCUGAGGCAUCCACAGAUAUUUCCGACGUUCAAACCAGAGCAGUACCAACGACCGAGGAGAACGACAAGAAGAUUACUGAACUCCAGACCGAACUGGUCAGCUGGCAAACGAAGCAUCAGACCGCCCUCGACACGAUGCAAGAAACGGAGGCCAAGAUGAAAAAGACAAUCGAGGAGCUCGAGGCUGAGAUCACUUCUCUCAACACUAGAACCACCGAGCAAUCUGCUACACGAAGUGAUGAAGAGGUCAAGGAGAUUGAGGAGAAGCACGAGACCCUAGUCAAGAACCUUCGCAAUGAGAUCAACGAGUACAAGGCCGCUAUCGAUGCCAAUGCUAGCAAGGUCACCGAGCUCGAAGCCGUCCACGAAGCUACCAAGGCGGAGUUGGAGGAGGCCAUCAAGGCCCGUGACCUGCACGAGACACAAGCCAAGACUCAGCAGAGCUUGAUUUCGAACCUGGAGAACCAGAUUGCUGCCCACGAGCAGGCUCUCAAGACCCACCAAGACGGUAUGAAGCUGUUGCAAGAGAACCACGCCAAGGAGCUCGAGGAGAUGAGGCAGUCAGAGCAGAAGGGCUACGAAGAACAGGUCGCUGUUCUCCUGAAUGAGCAUGCCGAGAACGUCAGACUCCUCGAGUGUGAGCUCAACGACGCCCGGGAGGAUCUUAUGAAGGUUGCUACCCAGGUCGCAUUCGCCCUUGGUCUCGACGUCAGCAUCGAGAAGAUCACUGAGCGCAUCGAUGACCUCAUCGCCGACCAGAAGGCCUUGACCGAGGAGCAGAAGAAGUCGGGCGAGAUUCAAAAGCAUGUCACUGAGCUGUCGACCAUUAACGACAACAUCCUCAAGGAAUUGGAGCAGGCCAAGUCGACCCUUACUGAUUUGCUUACCGCCGAGGGCGAGCCUAUCAGAAGCCCCGCUCCUCUUCCCGACCAGCUGUCCGCUAUCCGCAAGAAGAUCGGAGACCUGGAACACAGGAACAAGAAGAACUCCCGUCUCGUGGAGGAACUUGAGGAUCAGCUUCAAAGCAACUUCGAUCAGGUUCAGAUGACCAACAACCGUCUGUCUACGCUGCAGACCGAGCGCAACGCUCAGAUCGAGGAUGCGCAGGCUGCUAAGUUCAAGGCCGAGUCUGAGUUGGAGUCUCUUAGGGCCGAGUACGCCGCUCUUCAGGCCAAGCUUGACGAGGUAUCCAACUCUGGCAACGUACAGCGAUCCAACUCAAUGAGCUCGCCUCUGCGCAAGAGCUCAUCCGCUGCUUCUCUGCCUUCUCCCCCACCGGCUAUUCCUCUGCCGCCCCUCCCUGGUGCCAACGCCGGUCCCAACGGAACAGUUCCGAGCACUCCUACGCAGGGAACCCGGCCCGCCAGCAAAGACCACCAUGGUGCUGUCAACCAAAUCCAAGAGGACCAGGAGGCCCGCAUCCGCACCAUCGAGAAGCAUCUCCAAGCCGAGAAGCAGCUCACUCAGACCCUCGAGGAGGCUCUCACGGACCUCGAGCGCCAAUCCAACAAGGUCAAGGCAGACAGCGAUGCCUGGCGCAAGCGCUGCACGGAUCUGGAGGCAGAGAUUAAGGAGCUCAAGGACCGUCCCGCGCCGACACCACAGCCGGACAACCGCUGGAGUCUUCACGCUGUGGAGGAGGAGCGCAAGAAGAGACAGGCUGCCGAGGCCCAGCAGCGUCUGUUGGAGGAGCGCAUGAACGCUCUGUCCAAGAAGAAGAAGAAGGGCUCUCUCAACUGCUUCUAG